AUGGAGGUAAUGCAUUGGUUCGUACUGAACAAUUGUGAUGAGAUAAUGGCAUACUUAGUUGAGCAUGAAGAGAUGAUGAAGCGAGAACAUCCAUCACAUUUGUAUGCCACGAAACACCGUGAAUUGUUUUCACAAUGGUUUUUGGAAACUGUGAAUAAGUUGAAAUCAUCGAAUUCCCCCACUUAUAGUGAAGAGUUAUAUAAGUUGGCAUUCGGCUCGAUUCGCGCUGAAUUGUUCUCGGGUUGCCAUGUUAACGGCGUCAAGUUUUUUGGGACUAUACGAGAUGAUAAGUUGUGUACGCAAAACAAUGGUGUCCUUGUCCCAGGUGGAGGCGAAAGUACGGACAUUAAUUUCUAUGGCAAACUCAUAACUGUCUUGCAAUUGCUUUACAAAGACUGA